GGACAAUAACAAUGAUCAGGAUCAAGCGUAUGGUUGUUAGAAUCAAGAUUCAUAGGAGACAUGGCAAGAUCGCUCAAGAAAUCAGUCAAGUUGAGCCUAAGACAUGUCCGGAUCCGUUCUUCAACCAUCGGGUUUAAACCAGACUCUAGUUCCAUAGAAAUAGAUCAGAGAAUUGAGUUUCUCGGAGAAGAGGAAACCGAUGGCGACAGCACCAGUGAGUAUGAAGAGUUUGAAGAAGAGAAAGAACGAGGAGGAGAAGGGGAAGGAGAGGAACAAGAUGAUGGCUGCAAGAUCGUUGAGAGCGGUUACAAAAGUGAACACGAAGAGACCGAAGCCGCGGUGGAAGCAGUAGAGGCGGAGAUUACAGAGGCAGGGAAUAGGGUGAUGGUGGUGGUUGAUAAAGUGAUUGCAUCAACUGGAGCUCUUGAGUGGGCUUUGAAACAUACACUACAAUCACAAGACUAUCUUUUUCUUUUAUAUUUCUCCAAACCCUUUAGAAAAGGAAAAAGGAAGAACCGGAAAAGUGAAGUAAAGACCGAUGAACUUGUUCAUACUCUUAAAAAACUCUGCCAAACAAAGCGACCAGGGAUAGAGGUUGAGAUAAGAAGGCUACAAGGAAAAGAGAAAGAGAAAGGAGAGAAGAUAGUGGAAGAAGCUAAAGAACAACAAGUGAGUCUAUUAGUUGUUGGAAAAGAGAAGAAACCGCCAGUGUGGAGAUUGUUGAAGAGAUGGGGAUGGAAGAAACGGCGAGGCCGAGCCGGAACUCUCAAGUAUUGCCUAGAGAAGGCUUCAUGUAUGACCAUUGCGGUUAAACCAAAGAACCGUAAACUUGGUGGUUACUUGAUCACAACCAAGCGUCACAAGAACUUUUGGCUCUUAGCUUGAUGGUUAAAAAGUAAUUUUAGGUGGUUACUUUUUUUUUUUGUUUUUCAUAUUAUUUGGAGAGAUUGAUUUUAGUAUAGUUUGUUUAGUUUGAUUAAGACAUUCCGUGUAAAACAAAUUCAAA